AUGAACACACUGCGCUGUAUAAUGAUACUGAGUAUCUACACACUGAUAAUGAACACACUGUAUAAUAAUACUGAGUAUCUAUACACUGAUAAUGAACACACUGCUCUGUAUAAUAAUACUGAGUAUCUAUACACUGAUAAUGAACACACUGUGCUUUAUAAUGAUACUGAGUAUCUAUACGCUGAUAAUGAACACACUGCGCUGUAUAAUAAUACUGAGUAUCUAUACACUGAUAAUGAACACAGAGCGCUGUAUAAUAAUACUGAAUAUCUAUACACUGAUAAUGAACACACUGCACUGUAUAAUGAUACUGAGUAUCUAAACGCUGAUAAUGAACACACUGCGCUGUAUAAUAAUACUGAGUAUCUAUACACUGAUAAUGAACACACUGCGCUGUAUAAUGAUACUGAGUAUCAUUACACUGAUAAUGAACACACUGCGCUGUAUAAUGAUACUGAGUAUCUAUACACUGAUAAUGAACACACUGCGCUGUAUAAUGAUCCUGAGUAUCUAUACACUGAUAAUGAACACACAGUAUAA